GACCCCAGAAUCUCGGUGCGGGACGCCAACCGCCCAAGGUUCACCGUCAAAGACAGCAAACCCCCCCCCGUUCAUGCAUUGCACCACGGCCGCCCUCCCAAGUCCAAAGAUAACGGUCCCAGCACCGUUCUGCGCGCAAUCAUGACAAAGCGCAAGGUGUAUUUGGACAUGGAGGACUUCCAUAAAGGUAUGUUCUUCGCGGUGCUACCUCAGGAGCUAACGAAAGUUUCUAACCCAUAACGCUGUCCAGCGUUGAGACUGUUGGACGCCAAACUCGGUACGGAUCCCAUGAUUAUGGCCUUCGCUCCGAUCCGGAUGAUCGUCGCUGGGGGCUUUUUCUCCGUCAUGUACCUGAAGAAUAGAAAGACAACUACGGACAUGGACUUCCUGCUUGACCCGGAGUGGGCCAACGACGAGGAUAUCAAGGUUCCGUUGCAAAAGUCCAUCCGGGAAGUCGCCAACGAGGCUCAUUACAUGGAGGAUUGGGCCAACGAAGAUGUGGGAGUAUUCGUUACAGAGAAGACGCGGAAGAUCCUGAUGGAGGACGCCAUCAAGCAAAACAUUGUCCUCUGGGCCAGUGGCACUCUGCUCGUAUUUGCAGCACCCGUAGAAUGGGCGCUGGAGCGGAAGCUGCGCCGCAUCUACUGCGCGGAGAGGGGGCGCAAAGCGGAGCUGGAUCUGGCCGAUGCCGUGGCAAUGCUCAAGUUCAUGAAAGAGAGGAAGGGGAGUAAGCUUGAUAUGGAGUACUGUCGCACGCUGAACAAGAAUGGCUUUGACGUCAUGCCAGACGUUGAUACCAUGAACUGUGUGGCUGCUGCUUACAAGGCAACCUAUGGCGUUGAUGUGUUUCUUUGAAGCCACUGGAGUCCCUUGCAGAACCCUGCAGGAGGAACUUGGGUAAUGGCUCCAAGUGCGGAUGAUUCUGGACCAAGUAGGUUGAAUGGCUGUCGCCGACAGUCGGGUUGCGCAAUG